AUCGUUUUAUUUAAAUGUUUUGCGUUAGCAAUCGUUUCCGCUUUCCAGGUGAUUUUGAUUGCAAAAUCGUUUAUUGUAAAGAAUUUUGCGAUGCAUUUAACCGUCUGCCGGCGCCUUAAGUUGUUUGCCGACGUACGUGAUGAUGCGAUAAAUGAUAAAUCAGUGACGUUAAUCUACUGCAGUUGUGAUUGGAGUUAGAAUUUAAAUGAAUAUUGCCACCUUCUAGCUGAUUGGCCGGCGCCCCAUGAGCCACACCCCGACGGCCCCCGUUGCUGCCCCCCUGGGCGACUUCCCCUGGGGACAGGUGCAGCAAGUGGAAUACCAGGCGGCCAAUAGUGGACCCAUUGUCCAAGCUUGCCAUGCCAUGCUGUACGCCCGCACCGAGGCGCGGUUUGUGCGAGAACUGCCCUGCCGCGCCUGGGUGAUGAUGCAGAUGCGCUUCGACGGGAAGCUGGGCUUCCCCGGCGGGAUUGUCUCCGAUCUGGCCGUGCCCGAUGCCAGUCUGGAAGAUGGCCUGAACCGGGAGCUGCAGGAAGAGAUCCGGCUGGAUGUGGCACGCUUCGGCUUCACACGGCAGCACUAUGUCAUCUCGCACUUCUGUCCACGGGUCAAUUUGAUCCUGAAUUUAUACGCACAGGAAGUAACGGAAGCCGAGUUCCGGGAGAUUGAGCGGCAGGCUUUGACGGCGGACGAGUACGGUCACGAGUGUCUGGGCGUGCUGCGCAUCCCUCUCUACACCAUGCACGACGGCCUGAACGGCUUCCCCGCCUUCCUGCAGAACCAAUUCGCCGGCACCUCGGUACUCCAGGUGAUGGUGGGACUGGUGACGCAGGACAUUGUCACCGAAGAGGAGGCGCACGCGUACAUGAACGUCCUGCCGCGGCAUCACGGAUAUCGGAAGCUGUUCGGCGACGCGUUGGUCUCCUACCGGCAGCGGCGCUUACCUGCUGAGCCGCCGCUGUCCUAGUGGUUUUCGAUCUGAUUAUAAUUUAUGACUGGAAUUUGUUCUUUGUUUUUCACCAAAGAGCGACUGUUUUUUUGUGUCGGAGAUUACGCUAAAUUUUGUCCUACCUUGACAUGCGUAUAUUUGAAUUUUUGCUUUCUUUGUGAAGCGUUCUCAUGAUAUACUGGCAAAAUAUAGCAUUGAUGUAGACAAGAGCUAUUAUCUGGGUAAAUACGCGUAUUUGCACUAUUUUGCAGUGUCACCUUAACAACUAAAUAA